GUCGCGCCGAGGCUCGAGCGGCCGUCGCCAUUUUGUAGGGUUCUCUCUGACGCGGGAGCCGCCGCCACCGCCGCCGCCACCCAGAGGCUCUUGUCAGGAUGGUGAAGCUGUUCAUCGGAAACCUGCCCCGGGAGGCCACAGAGCAGGAGAUCCGCUCACUCUUCGAGCAGUAUGGGAAAGUGCUGGAAUGUGACAUCAUUAAGAACUACGGCUUUGUGCACAUAGAGGACAAGACAGCCGCGGAGGAUGCCAUACGCAACCUGCACCACUACAAGCUUCAUGGGGUGAACAUCAACGUGGAAGCCAGCAAGAAUAAGAGCAAAGCUUCAACCAAGUUACAUGUGGGCAACAUCAGUCCCACCUGCACCAACCAAGAGCUUAGGGCCAAGUUUGAGGAGUAUGGUCCAGUCAUUGAAUGUGACAUUGUUAAAGAUUAUGCCUUCGUACAUAUGGAGCGGGCAGAGGAUGCAGUGGAGGCCAUCAGGGGCCUUGACAACACAGAGUUUCAAGGUGAACUGCUCUGGGGGCCUGGGUAGCAGAACUGAGUGGGGCGUAGCUCAAGAACAAUGGCAAGAACAUAAGACUGUGGGACUGACGGGGUGGUCUCUUCUAUUUUAGGUUAUAUUUACCACUCUUAAACAUAAUUUACUUUGGGGAAAGCAAGUUAUUUCCCCUUUUCAGGUUUCCUAAGAUGUUCCUCAACAGCUGUGUAGAAUCACAUACUGUGGUAUGUUACUUUAUCCUGCAGGCUUCAUUUAUUUGUGUGCCGUCAGAAGUUUUAUCUGCCUGGGCACUGAGUCCUUCAUGGGAGAUGGGAGGAUAAAAAGGUCUGUUUACCUGCUUCGUUUGCUAUGACCAGGAGUCUUAAUAGUUGAAGAUUGAAAUGCUUAUUAACAUUUGUAUUUUUUACUGCCUUGGGUGAUGGGUAGUGGUAGAAAGAAAGAAAAAAGAAGCUGAGGGGAGUGGAUUGCCUGAGCUCACCGGUUCUAGACCAGCCUGAGCAAGAGCAAGACCCCCAUCUCUAAAAGUAGCUGGGUAUUGUGGUGGGCGGCUGUAGUUCCAGCUACUCGGGAUGCUGAAGCAAGAGAAUGGGUUGAACCCAAGAGUUGGAGGUUGCUGUGAGCUAUGACAUCAUGGCACUCUACUGAGGGUGACAAAAGUGAAACUCUUGUCUAAAAAAAAAAAGAGACAUUGAGAGAAACACCUAAUAAUACAGAUCUGGUGAG